AACAAUGGAAGAUAGAUGGUACUCCGCUACAGGAUGUCCAAGAAAGACUGGCUAGGAGGGGUCUCAAGGAUCCAUGGCUUCGGUCUGUGAUAGUUCAUGAGGACUUGCUGCACUGCUUCCGGGCAGGCUGUGUCUAUGGGAGUCAACCAGCUAACAUCCACACAUGAAAAUGGAGCAUGUGGGUGGCAGGAUGGUGUAUCUGCCCGUUUCGCUGUGUGAGCAGGGAGCGGACUCGUGGGAAACGAUGCGGCGGGGCUAUGCUCAUCUGUAAGAGGUUGAAUACAUCAAGAGAGAAGAAGUAAGCUACUGAAAGAGCUCGGAGAACCCCUUCAAGAACAUUGCACCUUUUAAAGUGGGCUCAGCAUUUUGACCAUUACUUGAAUGCCUCAAAGAUUGAAGUGCAGCAGAAACUUGGAUGAUUUGAAAGAUUGUUCAGUAAACCAUCAGUUCAAGCAAGGCCUGUAAUUUUUCUUCAACAGAAUUGCUCUAUUUAAAAUUUCUGAUUAAAGAUCAACAACCAACCAGAUGUUAUGUUGCAAAUGGACUCCAUGACAUGUUGGCUUCCGGCUUAAAACACCAAAAAAGGGCAGAUGAACUGAGAGAACAGUUUGUGAUGACACAGUGCCAAGUGCCAGCUGCCCUCAUUCACCAGAUCGAGCAGGAAUUGGACGAAGAUGAAAAGGAGAUGAUUAUUUUCCUGUGCCGGGAUCUUGUUCCUGAUUUAUCGAAUGCAGAUAUCAGGGUGCUCUUUGGGGCACUGAAUGAAAAGGGAAAGCUGGGUUUAUCUGAGCUGUUAUACAGAGUGAGGAGGUUUGACUUGCUGCGGAGGGCCUUGGGGACAGAGAAAACAUCAGUGGAGACAGAUCUGGCCAGGUAUCCUAGAGUGGUCUCUGAUUACAGGGUGCUGAUGGUAGAGAUUAAUGAAGAGUUGGAUAAACAAGAAGUGAGUUCUCUCCUUUUCCUGCUCAAGGAUUAUGUGCCACGCAUGAAAAUGACAAAAGACAAGAGUUUCCUGGGUGUUGUCAGUGAGCUAGAGAAGCUAAAUCUGGUGGCUCCUAAUCAGCUGGAUUUGAUAGAAGACUGUUUGCAGAACAUCCACAGGAUAGAUCUGAAAAAGAAGAUCCAGAAGUACAAACAUGAAGCUCUGUCCAUCAGUGGUUCUCAGCCAAUGUAUAUAAAUGCACUUCAGGCUUCUCUCCCUAACUUGACUCUCAUUGACCCACCCUACAGUUCAGGGAUGCAGAGCAUGCCCAGAGAAAGAUCAUUAAAUGGACAACUUGCCGUUCAGAUGGAACCAGUUCACACAUCAGUACAGGAAUCGGGAGCCAGCUCACAUCAGGUGAAAAAGGGUUAUGAUGAUCGGUACAGAAUGCAGAGUCAGCCUUUAGGAAUAUGCCUGAUUAUAGAUUGCAUUGGUAAUGACACAGAUUUACUGGAAGUGACCUUUAAAGCUCUAGGCUUUGAAGUUCGCUGUCACAAGUAUUUAAGUGUGGAAGCCAUGAAACAAACAUUCCAUGAAGUUGCAAGGCUGCAACAGCACAGAGACUAUGACAGCUUUAUUUGCAUAUUGGUCAGCCGUGGGAGCCCUCAGAGCAUCUUCUGCAUAGACCAGACUUUUCCUGGGUUCCCCUUGGACAGGGUGAAGAAGUUUUUUACUGGAGAUUCAUGCCCUGAACUUCUAGGGAAACCAAAACUCUUCUUUAUUCAAAGCUACAUUGUGCCAGCAGAUCAGCAAGAACCCACCAGUCUACUGGAGGUGGAUGGGAAUGAACAGAAAAUCACUACUACUACCACAAGAUUUUGGAGCUGUAGUAUUCCCCCUGUAGCAGACAUCUUUUGGAGUCAAUGCAAGGUGGAUGUGUCUGUGCUAGAAAGGUCAUCCGGCUCCUCCUCCUAUUAUCUGCGCUGUUUGGCUGAGCUCCUAUGCAAUCCUCAUAAAAGAAAGCUCUCUCUGAUGGAUAUUCAUAUUGAGCUGAACAGCAGACUGUAUGAUUGGAACAGGACUUCGGACCCGCAGCAAAAUUAUUCACUCCUGCUACAACACACCUUGAGGAAAAAAAUCUUUUUCCCAGUUAAAAGCUAAUUGAAUUUUCUUGGAAAACCAUGUUGAGAAGGAGAUAUCCGCAUGUGGGCUUUUUCUUGAGUUUUCUUGAGGGUAUCUGCUGCUGUAAUCGAGUAUUUAGGAGUGUUUCGGAGGCGUUUCGGCGUCAUGCGUUUCCAAUUCUAAACUUCAGGCAGAAGCUAGGAUAAGAAAGUCAGUUCAUACAUAGCUCUGCAGCAGAUCUUAUAACCCAACCAAGCAGAAGGACAAUGUUGGAAGGGUUCUAAAUUGCAGAUUUAUUGUAUUUAGUUAUGUUUUUAUUUUUGAAACACAUCCAUUAGCAGUGCCCAUUCCACAUCCCAGUAUUCACACCAACAGAAGAACCAACGGCCCCGGUAAAACGACUACCCCCACGUACAAUUAUAACUCAUUCCCAGCCUAGAAUUGGUUGGGAGCUCAUUCCAGAGUCUAAGGGCGGUUGGAGAGAAUGCCCUACUUGGCAGCUGUGACUGGAAUGCUUCUCCUGGCUGUGGCAGCCUGGAACGAGAGGAGAGGCUAUCUUUCAGAUAAUAUGGACCCAAGCUGUCCCAGGCUUUAAAGGUCAUGAUCAACACCCUGAGUUGCCCCUAUAAGCCCCACAUAGUGAGUAUUGCUCUCAGAGCACUGGUGUUAUAUGCUCCCACUUAACAGACAGGUUCCCACGUUCUGGACUAACUUCAGCUUCCCGGAAGUUCCCUAGAUGUCCCCUUUGCGGAAGUGCCUUAUAGUAAUCCAAUCUUUCAGUGACAAAGGCCUGGGUAAGGGCAGGCAGGCCUGCCUCUGAAAUAAUAAAAGGCCGCACUGGGAACAGAUGGCUAAAUGUAGUCUUUGCCAUAGCUGAUGCCUUAGUUUUCAGCAGCAACCCGGGAUCUGACAAGACUGCAAAACGAUGAAUCUAGCUCAGGGGUGGGCAAAAGGGCCUCCACGGGAUGGAUCCGGCCCACGGAGGCCCCGCUGCUCCCCCGUCCCCAGGCCAAUUAGGGCCUGGGAGCAGGGGAGCACAUGAAGCUUCCUUCCACCUUGCGAGCAGCACACAGUGCUUUGAAGUGCCAUGCGCUGCUCGCAGAGCGAGGGGAGACAUCAGGCACCCUCCCCCCCGCCCUAAAGUCCUGAUUGGCCUGGGCACAAGAGGAGCGU